AUGGACGUUUUGGAAGUUAAUCGCCUCGGUCGUCUUGUACAGCUAGCUUUGGAAAGGCUGCGAUCGGCGAAUGAUUUCGGUGAUCGCCUGGAAAGAUGGCUCUUGGUUGCCCGACGGAGACUCGCCGUGGACCAGUCGGAAGACAAUCGUCGUCGUCUGAAUGAUCUGGAGUUGUUGCAAGUUCAACACAACGGUCACCUUCGCAAUCUGCUGCUAGAUGUUGCCACGGCUCAAGUCCGACUUCAACAAUAUCUCGUCAUGAACGUCGUCCAGCAGGUUAGUUUUCUUUCCAAAUCUCUUCUCAAAUUCUUAUAUUUGAUCGUUUCAGCUCAACCACGAAAUGGAAGUUCCAACCGAGGACGAGGGCUACGAAACUUCCAACAGCCACCAAUGA